CCUGCGGGUGCGCCGUCAGAUCAGCGGUGGGGCGCUUGAUAUUCUCUACGGUCGGUAGAAACUACAUUCGCCUUCAACCACCGGUUCUCUUCCCAACCAGAUAUCCACGACUACAUCACACACUCGAACAUGCGGCGGCUUCGGAAACUCGACAUCGAGCACGCAUGUUAUCUCCGCGGUCUCAAUAUCAAUCCACCGCAUGAAUACGGCAGCGAUUGGGGUGCCAGCUCUGUUGACUCGGACCUCGAGCGUUCCAGCGAUGACGACGAUAUCAUUCCCGGCGGAUUUGAAAAAUAUCUCGAGCCUAUCCCGGAUAGGCUCCCCCUUCGGGAAUGGAGUCUUAUCUUUGCCAACCUUACCAACCUCACCAUCAUCCUUGCGGUGCAAUGCUGCCCAAUCACGACGACACCAUCAUCUCAGACAAGCAGGAAGUCAGGGCCCUGGGUGCGCGCCAAGAUUAAGGCGGCCCUGCAGUUCUUCGAUAUUCAUGUUCCACGGUCCACGAUCCAUCGUCAAGUAAAAUGUGAAAACCACCAAUGCUUCUGCGCAGUCAAAAACAAGACAUGCAAUCGGAUUCAACGGUUCAUCAUGGAAUUGUGGCUUGAAGGGUCGAAUCCCGACAAGUGCACCGAGGCCUCAGAUUGGUUCCGAUCUAUGGGGCCAGGGAGACAGGACAAGGGAGAUGCGACCAAGGAGCAUGGCUGAUGGAAUAGAACAGGGCUGGAAUCCGAGUUGGCUGUUCGAGGUUGCUGGGCGCAUCUGACCAAUUUACUGUGUGCUUGGAGUGGAAAGCUCUGUUGUCUGCAAGUCGCUGCUUGAUUAGGGACUUCCGCAGCUGUGAUGUGCAGAGGUUGAACCGUCUGGAAGCUUUGCAGUUGAGAAAAAUGGAUCAACCAAGACGAGCUGGGCCAUGGUUAAGAAAUGAACCUCAGGACCAAGAAGUAGUAAACCGCGUUGUUGUCCCUAAAAUAUGCUGCCAGCUGCCAGUGGUCAGAUCCAGAAUUGGCUAAGUAAGGUGGUUUCUCUUCAAGGUCCCGUUUUCCC